AUGUUGAAAAGACAUGGCUCUGAGAUUAGGCGAGAUAAGAAAAGACAUGGCUCCAGCUUGAGUGUAGAAUUUGAAUUUCUACCACACGAUGUGAUAGAGCUCAUACUCGAGAGACUUCCCGUGGAAUCUCUGCGGAGAUUCAGGUCUGUGUCCAAGAAGUGGAGAUCCACAAUCGAUUCCCCUCGUUUCCAGGAAAGACAGUUGAACCUUCGUAAGCAAUCACGAGGUCAUGAUCUCCUUUUCGUAGCCAUUCACGAGGAUCCUCCUGAUGAUGCAGCAGCUCCACUUGUGUUGGGGGCCUCUUCUUGCACAUUCCGUACGGUCAAGUUCCCUUUUCCCAACCUCUUGCUUUGCUAUGGUAGUUGUGACGGUCUGGUUUGCCUCUUCUGUAUGGACACACCAAACGUCGUGGUGAAUCCCGCCACUCAAUGGCAUCGAACUUUUCCUUUUUCCUCCGUGCAACGCCUUAUCAUCGACAGAUAUAAUAUUAAAAGACGCUUUUACCCCCUAACUUGUCAGCUUGGGUUUGGUAAAGACAACAAGUUGAGUAGUGGUGGUACGUACAAGUACAAGCCAGUUUGGUUGUAUAAUUCAUCCGAAUUUGGACUAGACAACGUUACCACUUGUGAAGUUUUCGAAUUUAGCACAGACACGUGGAGGUACGUUGUCCCUGCUUCUCCUUAUCGUAUUCUCGAAUUCCAGAAGCCAGUCUACUUUGACGGGUCACUCUAUUGGCUCACCGACUGUGAAGAAACAAAGGUUUUGUCUUUCCAUCUCCACACAGAAACUUUCCAAGUCAUCUGUAAAACUCCCUUUGCUGAUGCACCAGCUGACACAGGAUGCGUCAUCUUGUUCAUCCUUGAUAACUGUUUGUGCGCUUCCGAGAAAAGCUGGCCAACCCAAGUCAUAUGGUCCUUGGAUGAUUCUUCAAAGACAUGGAAGAAAAUGUGUUCAAUAGAUCUCACCGAUACUUUGCCUUGGUUCAACAAUAGUUGCCCUCUCGUGCCUUUACCUGUAGCAAUCCUGGAGAAGAAUAAGUUAUAUCUUCAAAGUCGUAGAGGCUUGGAACCACUCGUGCUACAUGAUCUCCAUACCAAAUCUUAUGAGGUAGUCUCCACACCUACCACCCCCGGAGAUUGUAUUUAUUAUUUCGAAAGUUUGUUCUCUGUUUAA